AAAUUUUAGCUUUAUUUUCUCAUUGCUUUAAAAAGCAAGCAAGCAAGCAUAAGUUCUGCGUGUAUAGCAGCAGUAGAACGAGCACUGGUGCACUGGAGAAACAAACCAAGCGUAAAACUGAUCACAAUGGAGCAAAUGUUGAGGAAUGUUUUGCAACACAAUCAAUCAUAUUGAUUUCUAAUUGUAUGGCAUUUCUAUUACACCUUGCAUACAAUUGCAGAAAGACAGCAAUCCACGUAGGAUAGAAACCCAAGCUCCCUUUGCUUCUGGAAAGUAGAUUUAGUCCUAAUUUUUGUGACAGAUGGAGUUGAUAGUUUCACGAUGAAAAAAGCGCCAGUUUUUGACAGGCAGCAGACACUGAUGCCUCUUGUGGUCAAAGCCCAUGUUGCUCUGGAAUUAAGGUAGCACCAAAAUUAAAAGAAACAUCUACAAAUGCACUAUCACCAACUCUGCAAUGUACAGCUUAUGCUGUUCUGAACAUUUUAUAUUAUAUUUGUUAUUUUAAUCUUAUAUUUUCUUUUAAACAAAGGAAGAAGAAUUAAGAAUAUAAUCAGAAUUGUAAUGCAUCCACGACGAGUCUUUUUCUUUCAAUCAAAACUGAUUUUUUUUAAUCGCAGUUAAUAAAUUUCAGGCAACUUUUAAGAGCUCGUAGAUCCCAAUAAAGAAUUCAAAUAAUCAUUUCACACAUUGGGAAUCAUAUUUCAGUGUUCUAUUUGCAAAAUCUAUUAUAAAUAAUGUAUAUUAGAGAAUAGGGGUUUUUUUUCUAAAUCCUAGUAGUUCCGAGCAUUGACUCCCUAGAGAAAAUCUUCAUGCAAAUAUAUAAUUUGAAUUUGUUUAAAGGCAAAAGAAGUGAAAAACGGUGAAAUGACAAGUGGUCAUGCUUAAGUACUGCAGUCUUGAUGUUCAGAGAAGUAGCGUUAAUGGACCAAAUUCUGUUCUCAAUAUAUCGAUACACUCCCAUUGAAAAAAGAAAAGGAGUACUUGUGGCACCUUAGAGACUAACAAAUUUAUUUGAGCAUCCCAUGAAGUGAGCUGUAGAAAGUCUCUAAGGUGCCACAAGUCCCUCUUUUCUUUUUGAGAAUACAAACUAACACGGCUGCUACUCUGAAACUCCCAUUGAAGUCAGUAGCAUUGCACAGAUCUUAAAAGAACAGUUUGGUUCAGUAUGAGACCGAGCCUACAUUCCUCGCAGGAAGAAUUCUUACUCCCAUUGCGAGGGGCAGAACAGGAUCAGCAAAUGAUGCAAAAGCCCUUUCUGUUUGCAUAUUGGUAUAUAAUGGCAUAUUUGAUAUAUAAUAAAUCUAUAAUUGUUUGGACUUCUAUCAGUAAAAUUUAUAAUGAAAUUUAUUUUACAGCAUCUUUUAAUAAGGUAUGCCAUGAUGUUACAUCUCAGGUAACUUCUGUAAACCAAACGCUGCUUUGUGAUCGCUGGAAAACAGAGAUGGGUGCAAAGCUUUGCUUGAUCCAAACAGCUGCAAAGUUUCUCCUUGAAAAGCUGUGUUGUUGUGUAGCAGUAACUGUGGGCGCCUCCUUAACAGUAGGAGGGGCUCCUCGGGGGCUGCUGUCAAUCUCGUUAAGCCUUUCCUUUCAAGCUUUGAAUGUGAGCUGCCCGCCAGCCCCCCUUUCUCCCGUAGAUCGUAAAGAAAAAAAAAGUUUCAACAACAGGCUGGACCAAUAGUAAGUCGAAAAGCAGGGAAAGGGGGCCGAGCAAAGGGAGAAAAGUGGAGAAAAAGAGAAAGAGCGACUAGCGCGAGAGAGCGCAGGCUGGGGGCAUGUGUAAAAGGAGAAGAAGCGUUGCUAAUUGUUUUGUUUGUUUGCUUUUCCAUGCAUGCAUAAUGAGGCUUCAUCAGAGCACGUUGCUGCUGCUCGGAGGCCACUUUUGUAUUUAAAGCCUUGCAAGGAAAAAAAGCUCCACAGAGCAGAGCAGCUUGCGAGCUUGUUGACAACAGAAGCAGCAUCAACCGCAGAGACAGAAAGAAAAGGGAGACCCUGAGCCAGCUAUUUUUUCCCGUUGUCAAUUUUCUUGCCAAAAAGGGGAUUUCUUUCCCCGGCUUCCCGAAAGUGCAACAGUGUAAGCCAGCGAGCGGAGCCGGGACCGUGAAUGGGAUCGGAGCGGUGUGUGCGGCUGGCAUGUGCGGCGAUGCUGAGAGCGCAGAGUUGAAAGCUCCCGAAGCAGCAGCAGCUGGGCAUUUAUUUUGUGCAAAAAGAGGAAAGAAAGGGAUCUGCAUGAGAAGCAGGGCAGCACCAUGAGCUCCCCCGGCGCAGCCUGCAAGCCCCCGAGUGCACUCAGGAGCCGCUCUCCUCCCAGCCCCCAGUUGCACUGAUUAACUAAGGGAACUCUUGCGGCCACAGCAGCCCGGGACCGGGGGGUGGGGGUUGUACUGCAGCCCGCUGUUCCAGCCGCGGAGGAGCCGCGUGGAUGGAUUGAUGAAGGGAAGCCUCAUGCACACAGCUGGCAGGAGUUUUGCAAACUUUUCCACGGGCAGCUGCUCCUCCUCCUCCUCCCCCCAUCGACCCUCUCGCAGCCGCCGCCGCCCGCAAUGGUGGUAGGUUCGCCCGCUCUGCAUGGAGGAGGCGGCGGCGGCGGCCGCCGGUGGCUGUUGCCGGGCGCCUGGCUGUGGCUGACGGUGGUGCUGGGCGCGGUGUCCCCCCCGCGGGUGCACGGCCGGAGGCUGAUCUGCUGGCAGGCGGUGCUGCAGUGUCAGGGGGAGCCCGAGUGCAGCUACGCGUACAGCCAGUACGCCGAGGCGUGCGCCCCGGUGCUCCUGCAGCAGCACCCGGCCGGCAGCGCGGGGGCCGCCGCCGCCUCCUCCCGCCGGCGGUGCCCGAGCCACUGCAUCGCGGCCCUGAUCCAGCUCAACCACACGCGGCGGGGCCCGGCGCUGGAGGACUGCGACUGCGCGCAGGAUGAGACCUGCUGGGCCACCAAGCGCGCCAUCGAGCCCUGCCUGCCCCGCACCAGCGGCGGGGGCGGCGGGGCCGGGGCCGCGGCGGGCGGCGGCGGGGUGAUGGGCUGCACCGAGGCCCGGCGGCGCUGCGACUGGGACAGCCGCUGCAGCGCGGCGCUGGGCCGCUACAUGGUGUCCUGCGGCAAGCUCUUCAACGGGCUGCGCUGCACCGAGGAGUGCCGGGCCGUGAUCGAGGACAUGCUGGCCGUGCCCAAGGCCGUGCCGCUCAACGACUGCGUCUGCGACGGGCUGGAGCGGCCCAUCUGCGAGACAAUGAAGGAGAACAUGGCCCGCCUCUGCUUCGGCGCCGAGGCGGGCGGCAACGGCGCCGGCAGCAGCGGCGGCUCGGACGGGGGCCCGGAGGAUUACUACGAGGACGAGUACGAGGACGAGCCCAGCCCGCGGGGGCGGGACGAGCCGGACGAGCCCGGCCCCCAGCCCGGCUUCUCCGCGCCGGCCGCCGGCGCCGGCCGCGCGCCCGCCCCAGCGGCCUGGACCGCGCUGGCCUCCAUUUUGCUGCUGCUGCUGCUGUAGCCGCCGAGUCCCCAUUUGCUUCAGGGCUGGCGCGCGGCGCUUGGGACACGUGGGGGGAUCCCCGGUCCCAGACGUGCCCCCUGGGAUUAUUUAGGGGGACACUCCCCUCCCCCAUCUCCGUGGCCGUUUAUCCAGACACGGCCUCUCCCUCCCCACCUCCCGCAAUACUUCUCUGCACACCCUCUCGCCAGCACCUGCCUGGACAUUUAUCUUAGGCACUGUCCUGCCCUCCCCCACCCCGCAAACACCCCCCCUCCCCCGCCCCCAGUUAAAAUCAUUGUGAUGGCGACGAUAGCAGUUUAUUGGCCUUGUAAACCGGCCCCUGUGUUCUGCCCGGGUGCUAAGGAGAUGGAGAGAGAUGGACGGAGGGAGGCGUCCAGGGCCGUGGUGUGGUUUGGCUUGCUUUUAGCGUGCACUAUGCAAUUUGUUCCACACCCCGGCUUGUUGUUAGCAGCAAGCCAAUGAGUUAAGAAGAGGAACCGUUAGCAAAGCUACUGUAGGUCCAUUACCAUCCCACCAAAACAAAACACAAACAGUAAGGUGCUAAUAGUUGUUAGUAUUCCACAUGAGGGUGAGAGAGAGGGGUGGGAAACCCGAACUUGCUGCCAAAACAACUGCCUUACUGGUUAUAAGUAGCCAACAACUCAAAUUCAAGUACCGUUCUCCAUAUCACCAUUCAAAAUAUUCACAGUGAUGCCUGAAAGAGGAUUAGGUUUCAAUUGCCUUUAAUUAACUGGAGGGGGUGAAAAGUUUGGAACAAAUCGAUGGGAUCUCAGCCUCCCCUCACAUUCACUGUCCCCAUAACAAAUGCUUGCCAGCAAACAUCUCUUUUUUUUCAACCUAACCAGAAAAAAUGCAGAUUUUUCAGAAUUGUUGGCUGCACUGAACAAUGCAACUUUUGUCUUAAAGGAGCUCUGCACUGCCAUCUUCGAAAGACACUUUUUAAACUCAAGAACUUGUAUGUACAAAUAUUCUGAAAAGUUAUAUUGUCUCUAGCCAUAUCAGGGUGCUGACCUCUGGUAAAUCUUAUAUAAAAUGUAUUUAAAACUGGGGUUUGUUACCAGUCACACUACUUUGUAUAUAGAAUUUUAUAAAUUGUAUGCUUGGGGAAUAAUUUAUUUUUUAAAAAAUUAAAGUUUUAAGUCUACAUCCUAUUUGCCAGAUAAUUGCAUUUGCUGUUCUUUUCUGGAAAGAUACAGAUUUCAUUUUAUGUGUAAAGGGAUACAAGCAACAAUAACUCAGUGAACUGUUCUGCAGAACAUCAAAUGUACAGUGUAUUUUAUAGUUUUGAAGUUAACUUUCUUAUUUUAAGAGACUUUAUGAACACUGUAGAAUUAUAUAAAUGCAUUUCCGAGCUGCCUUAAGGUAUUUUUAUAGAAGGCAUAAAAGAUCCUAUGUUUUAAAUA